UGAACUCAGCGGCGGGAGCGGCGGGCGAUGGCCAGAGCGGAGGAGGACCGGCCCGGGGCCGACGCGACCUCCGCCCUGGGCGCGCUGCUGGGCUACCGCGCCUACGCGCGCCGCUGGGUCUUCUUGCUGGUGCUCAGCCUGCUCAACUUCUCCAACGCCACGCUGUGGCUCAGCUUCGCGCCCGUGGCCGACACGAUUGCCCACCACUUCUUGCUCUCCACCAAGCAGAUCAACUGGCUUUCGCUAAUCUACCUUGUGGCGUCCAUCCCGUCUGGUGUGGUGGCCAUCUGGGUUCUGGACUCUGUUGGGCUCCGCUGGGCAACCAUCGUGUGCGCAUGGCUGAACUUUGCUGGGAGUGUGUUCAGAACCCUGGCCUUCCUGUUCAUCGAGAUCCAGGACCCAUUUCCCUUCCUCAUGGGUGGGCAGAGCCUCUGUGCCCUGGCACAGACCCUGGUCAUCUUCUCUCCAGCCAAGCUGGCUGCCUUGUGGUUCCCAGAGCACCAGCGAGCCACGGCCAACAUGAUCGGCACCAUGUCAAACCCCUUGGGCAUCCUGGUGGCCAACCUGCUAUCACCUGCCCUGGUGAAGAAGGAGGAGGGUAUCCCCAUGAUGCUGGGCAUCUAUAUCAUCCCUGCUGGCCUCGCCUGUCUCCUGGCCAUCACCUGCCUCUGGGAGAGUGUACCUCCCAGCCCACCCUCUGCAGGGGCCGCCCACUCCACCUCAGAGAAGUUCCUGGACGGGCUGAAGCUGCUCUUGCGGAACAGAGCCUAUAUCAUCCUCGCCGUGUGUUUCGGGGGCGGCAUCGGCAUCUUCUCCAGCUUCUCGGUCCUCCUGGAGCAGGUCCUUUGUGUGAAGGGCUACUCCAACGAAUUUGCAGGCCUUUGCGGGGCUCUCUUCAUUGGGUUUGGAGUCCUGGGGGCACUGGUUCUCAGCCUGUAUGUGGACCGGACGAAACACUUCAUUGAAGCUGUCAAGAUUGGCUUCUGUCUGACCUCCAUGGUCUGCGUGGCCUUUGCCCUGGUGUCUCAGCUGCAGGGACAGACCUUCGCACUGGCCACCCUCUGCUCACUGCUGGGGUUCUUUGGCUUCUCGGUGGCGCCCAUUGCCAUGGAGCUCGCCGUUGAGUGCUCCUUCCCUGUGGGGGAGGGUGCAGCGGCAGGCCUGGUCAUCGUGCUGGGGCAGGCCGAGGGUGUGCUCGUAAUGGUCCUGCUGACUGGCCUGACCACACGUCGUGCAGAGCCGUCCAUCUCCACCUGCCAGGAUGGCCAGGGCCCACUCGACUGGAUGGGCUCACUAUGGUGGGAGCAGCCCUGAGACCCUGGUGAAAGCCCAACGUUUAAACAUGUGAGUCGUUUUAAAAUGAGAUCAGGGAAGGAGACAGAGAGGCCGAGAGACCCGGGGGUGAAGAUGACCACAUCUGCAGACUCCGUACUGGUGACCUUGGAGCUCACCACACCUGAACAGCCCUCAGGGCCUGUUUCCAGGGCACUCUCUGGUCAUGGCUAGUGGGGUCAGUUGGGGCUCUGCCAGCUCUGUGGCUACUCUGGGUCAGGGGUGGGGAGCUCUGGCUGCUUGGGCAAGCCUCAGAACAGAGCUGGGCUGUGUCUCCUCAGUGUCCAUGCUGCUGAUGGCUGGCCUGUGCACCCUCUUCAGCUGCUUCCUGGUGUUCUUCUUCCAUACCCAGUACCGGCGCCGACAGGCUGAGGCCAAUGAGAGCCACUCCAUCCAGGAGGACACGUCCCCAGAG